GGUUCAGAACAAUGGUCCAUUGGUCCAUAUCCACAUGCCAAAAACGUGGCGUACAAUAAUUGCAUGCAUCGUCUAUUUUGCACGCAGAAAUUAGAAAAGGAAAACAGUUUUUUUUUUAAUAUUUUUGUGUUUGGUGUAUGAUGAUCUAUAAAUAGAGGUGGAGAAGAACACAAUUAAGUAAGUAUAACAGCAUCUGCUUAAGAAGAAAACGAGAGCAGCAAUGGCAGCGGAGCUUCCAAAUUUCAUCGUGCUGAGGGCAACCGCCCAUCAGCGGUACGUGUCGUACUACAAGGAAGAAGGCCCCCAGAAAGGGUGGGUGACCGCCGAGGUGGAGGACGUGUUCAGCCCACUGGUGAAGAUCCAAGUGGAGCCCUCCAAAAGCGACGAGCGCUUCGUUCACUUCCGCUUCGUCCACACCAACAAGUACAUAGCUCGAAGCAACAACUCCCAGCAGCUCAUCGCAGUCGCUGACCAGCCGGAGGAAGACCUCUCCAAGCCCACCUGCACGCUCUUCGAGCCCGUUUUCACGCCCGCCACCAACGCCCUCGCCCUCCGCCACGUUCAGUCCAACCGCCGCGUUGACGUCCUUAGUCUCACGUUUAAUCCUCCGCUCGCGCCCCGCCUUAUUUGUCUUAUCACACGCUUCGCUACUAACGAGCUGCCACCCUCUGAUCAUUACCAAUUCAUUGACUGGGAUACCUUGAUUAUCUUACCCAGGCAUGUCGCAUUCAAGGGACACAAUGACAAGUAUCUGAGAAGCUUGACGUUCCAGAAUUUUCCGUACCAGCAGCUGUCGGCGGACGACCCCAACGCCACCGACACGGGGUUCGAGGUGCACACCAUGCUGGACGGACAUGUCCGCAUAAAGUCCCUUCAUUUCGAUAGGUUCUGGAGACGCAGUCCCAAUUGGAUAUGGGCGGACAACAACGACGCCAACAGCACCCACGCUGACACCUUGUUUUGGCCUGUCAAAAUUGACGACAACACCAUUGCGCUUCGGAACGCAGGCAACAACCAUUUCAUCAUGCCUCUCACCCUCGAGGGAAAGACAGACUGUCUGAAUGCCCGAGUGCCCAACAUGACCAAAGAGACAAGAUUUGUGGUGGAGGAGCUGGUUCUCAAACGAGACAUCUACCACGUCCGAUACCGCAUGGAGGAAUCUCGAAUCUACGACGAGGAGCCCUUCCUCGCUGGGACAGCCACCGCCACCAACAUGUCGAAUGACGAAGCUACGCUAGGCAUCACCGUCGCCUACGAGGAAGCUUCCUCCUACUCCUUCACCAGCAGCCGCUCCAUAACUGCAGGGGUCGAGUCCAAGAUCACUGUCGGCAUUCCCAAAAUCGCCAGCGGGAAGCUCCGAAUCUCCUCGGAGGUGACCCAGACGCUGGAGUGGAACGAGACCAAGGAGGAGAAGAAGACUGUCGAGGUGGAGCACUCAGUCACCGUGCCGCCCAAGAGCCGGGCCACGGUUACCUACGUGGGGACGCAGGGAAAGUGCAGUGUUCCCUUCAGCUACACUCAGAAAGACAAGAGCUCUACCACUGGGCAGAUGAUUACCAGCCAGCAUGCUGAUGGUAUCUUCUUUGGCGUCAAUUAUUACAAUUUCCAGUUUGAAGCCAUGGAAAUCGAACCCCUCUAAGACCGGGUCGAGUCGGCUUGGGAUCCUGUGUUUUAUGAUUGUGUUUGAAUUGAUUUCUGUUAUUGCGUAUUUAUGUUUCUGAUGUAUAUGUUUUGGAAUAAAGGAUCCUGUGCCCAUCAAUUUCAUCAUAUAUAAAUGUUCAACGAAGAGACUAUUGUUAUGUUGUCCA